AAAGCUCUUAUCAGUCAACAAAAAAACUACAACACCCGGCAGCGAGGCGCAUUAAUGAUUGACAGUCAGUCUGUCCAAUCACAGAGACUGAAAUGUUCAGACUACCGCAUUGGGCGGGGCUUCCUCUCACAAGAAUGGAGGCGAUCGGCGGGCAAACGCUUCUUUACACGCUUUGAAAUGUAAUUUCCCACGAACGCUUUUACAUUUUUGGAUUUCCGUGCCACAGUUGACGACCAGGGACGAGCAAAAAGCGUACGCUUGUAUGAACUGCGACUACAUGGGCGACCGUCCAACGAGAGUAAAUGAGAGGUGUGCCUUCACCUUCUGGAUGACGAAAGUAGUUCACCUCAUUCAUUGGACGCAGCAUUGAAGUCACGUAACACAACACACCCACAGAUCAGCAGCAUGGCCGGGCAGCAGGAGGAGGCAGAGGGUGUGUACAUGGAGCACCAGUAUAUGUGCAGUGAGUGCCAUCAGCUCUUCAACACCCUGGAGGAUGUGCUGAUCCACCAGCAGAUCCACACUGGCCAAGAGGGAGAGGGAGAGGGAGAAGGGGAGGCCAUGACCAUCCAGGGUGUCCAAGAGAUUGGGCAAACCCAGCAGUACCAGUGUCUGGAGUGUGGGACCCUCCUGGUGAACCCAGAGGAGCUGCUGCAGCACCAGGAGAUGCACAUGAGAGAGGCUGGGAUGGAGGUGGAGCAUCAAGAGCUGUGUGAGGUUUUGGAGACGGAUGAGGCCGGAUCGGAGGCUCAGACGUCGGGACCUGUCCAGUACCAGUGUCUUGACUGUCUUGCGCUGUUUCACUCACCUGAGACCUGGCUGGAGCACAGACGGACCCACAGCAGGAGCAGCACACACAGUAACACUGAGACAAUGCUGGAGUAUGUGCUUCAGCCCGAUGGCACCAUCACUCCAGUGAAUCACAUGCAGAACUACGUGCUGAGUGAGCAGCAGGCUGGAGAGAUCUUGGCACAGGUGUUUGCCCAGCAGCAGCAGCAGCAGCAACAACAACAACAACAACAACAACAGCAGCAGCAGCAGCAACAACAACAACAGCAACAACAGAAGAAACGUCAGUCAGUCUCCAGACAUGCUGCACCCUCCCGUUCUGCCCUGCUGCCUCCAGUGACACCCACUCCUGGCUCUGCGACCAUGCACCUACAGAUUCUCACAGCUCAAGCGCUGGCAGACAACUCGGGCGCUUCCAGUCAGCGCCGCUCCAGGCUGCCCCCUCUGCUGCCUGCUGUGGGCCGAGGUUCUUCGGCCAAGCUUGGGGUCGUGGAGAACGGUGUCCAGAGACUGGAGUUAAGGUUGGCCCCCGGUGCCCAGGAUGACACCCAGCAGCAGCAGCAACCAACAGAGGUGGUUGUCAUCCACCCGUAUGAAUGCUCAGAAUGCUCCCUUCUCUUCCAGACCCCAGAGGACUUCCUCCAGCACCAGGGAGAGCACUUCCUUGGUCAGGACAAAGAGAGCGGAGAGCCAGGCGUCAUGAGUGGCUUCGAGGAGGUGCGAGGGAGGGAGGAGACUGCGGAGAGGGUGGAGGACAUUAGGAUUAGAGUGGCAGAGAAGAAGGUAGCGUUCUGUGCCAAGCCCCAACCGUGUGAGAUCUGCAACCGCACAUUCACCUCCAUCAACCGGCUGGCUGCUCACAAACGUGUGCACGAGCUUGGUACGCAUGAAUGUCCAGAGUGCGGAAAGGUGUUCAAGAAGGCGACAUCACUGCAGACACACAUGCGCACACACUCGGGCGUGGCCAGGUACCUGUGCGUGGACUGUGGCAACGGCUUCACCACCGAGAUGACUCUAAUUAUGCACAGGAAGUCCCACACUGCAGAUCCUCUUCACAAGUGUCAGUUCUGCAACAAAACCUUCACCAACAUGACCAAGUACCUCUACCACCGGAGAACCCACCUCAACAGGGAUUCAUCUGGCACAUCUGUCCCUGUCUCCAUGGUCUCAGCUCCAAGAAGAGCAUCUAGCUCAACUCUUGCCAUCUUACAGAGAGCAAGAGAGAAGAAGAAUUCUGACUCCGAUGACGCAAAAAGCCAGCUGCUGGCCCCUCUCACAGAGGAGGAGAUGGAAACGAUGGGGGGAGAACACAAGGAGCUCAAUCCAAUAGAAAGUUCUCAAGGGGGUGACGUGGAGAAAUGGGUGGAGGACAACAACAUGGAGGUGUCUGCCCCACUUCAAGGCAACACCACUGACCCCCAGCAGGUAGCAGAUUCCACCAAGUGUAGCUCAGCCCCGAACACUGCUGCUCCGAAUGACACUGGAGUCACACCUGGUUCUGCUGAUUCAGCAGAAGCCGCUUCAGCUGCGUCAUCAGAAAAAGAGCCUUUUUCUUGUCGCUCCUGCUCUAAGACCUUCCCCUCCCAGCUGCAGCUAGUUCACCAUCGACGCAAGGCACACGUCACUGAGCGCAAGUUCAUCUGUGGCAUGUGCGGCAAGUGUUUUAAGAAGCACAUCCACGUGCGCAACCACAUCCGCACGCACACCGGCGAGCGGCCCUUCCAGUGUUCAGACUGCGGCAAAACGUUCUCAUCCCUCGCCAAUCUGAUGAGGCACAACCUCAUCCACUCUGGUGUGCGACCAUACCGCUGCGAUGUCUGCCACCGCUCCUUCUCACAGUCCUCAAACCUCCGUCAGCACACCCUGCUGCACUCGAACGCUGCGGCGCUUACCUGUCCGGACUGCCCUGCCACCUUCCGCUGGCCCACCAAGUUAGCAGCACAUCGCUACACCCAACACCCAGGCGCUCCGGCUCCUUUCCCAUGUCCUCACUGUGAGGCUGGCUUCCUGACCAAGAGGCAACGAGAGAGCCACUGUCUGGGGCAGCACCCCACCCUGACGCAGGCCGGCACAGGGAUAGAAGUCAGCAAAGAGACAGACAAACAAGCAGAGGUGGGCAAAGAUCUGACCUCAGAGCCCUCCACCUCAACCACAGUAAAGACAGAAUCCGGGGAUUCAUCCAGUUUAGUGCGAGGAGGUUUAGAUUGCAACAUUUGUGGGAAGAAGCUCAAUUCUCCUGCCAAUCUGCGACUUCACAGACUGAGCCACUGCACCUUAGGCCCAGGACGACCCCGCUGCACCUCAGGGAAGCGACCCAAAGCCCACCAGUGUCCCGUCUGUGGGAAACUGUUUGUGUCUUCGUCCGGCGUCGCACUUCACCUGCGAGUCCACACCGGCGAGCGCCCCUUUCCUUGCCAUGUGUGCGGCAAGCGCUUCCGUCAGAACACGCACCUGCGAGAGCAUCUGCGCACGCACUCGGGCGAACGGCCAUUCCGCUGUGAGGUGUGCGGAAAGGGUUUCAUCCAGAGCAUGCACCUGGCUGAACACCGGCGAACACACACAGGCGAACGGCCACAUGUGUGUCCACAGUGCGGCAAAGCCUUCAAGACCUUCUCCAACCUGAGGAACCACAAAAAGACCCACGCCCGGCAGCAGAAGCUGGACGAAGAGGCCGCCGCUCAGACUGCCAUGGAGACCGUCUCUGCUGUGGCAGUGGUGGACACUUCCACAGUGGAACUAGCUAACGGGCAGCCGCAGCUCAUCCAGAUCCAAACGUCAGAUCUUCAGCAGGGGCAGGGCACUCCGACCAUCAUGUGUAAUGAGUUUGGGGAGACGAUAGCCAUCAUAUCGACCAGUGAGGGAGAGGAGCUGCCUCUGGAGCAGGCCCUGGAGAUCUAUCACACAGCUCUGGAGAACAGCCUCGCUGUGGACGGACUGCAGCUCCUCUGAGGACUCACCUUCAACAAAAACAAGAUUUAUCCUGCUGUCGCUGAAACGAUGACUCCAGUAAUUGUCUUAAUGCUGACUGAGUAUUCAGUUCAGUGUAAUGGUUUACCGGAACCUGAUCAUUUCUACUGGACAAGAAUGCUUUAACAUGACAAAAUGCACAUGGAACCACACCAAAAAAUGUAUUGAAAUGAUGAAUACUUAAAUUUGGCAUUUGUUAUGAUAAGGACCAUUGGCUGUGCAUCACAUGACUUUUGUAUGAUUAAUUUUAUCAUUUAUAUGAGAUGGAUGUAACUUUCCUUCUGUCUAAAGGUUUGCUCCUGCGAACUGUUGCAGUGAACUAUUCUGUUGUAAAUAUGUGAAAUCAAUAAAUGUUUUUCCAAGAUGAUAA